CGACUCGACGCCACCUGGCGGUACAUGUCAGCCGUUUUGUGUAAAAAUUCGUCCAGCAUGGAAUCGAGUUAACAAGUCGUAAUUUAGUGCCGGUAUUGUUUAAUGACCAAAACAAAACCACCAGCGAAUACGUUUCGUAAUUUGGGCAAAAACACAACCAACAAUGGGCUCGUAUUUAUCAGAACCGGCCACCGAGAAAGAGUCCACCGACGACACCAACGGCAAAUUAACUUAUGGGGCAAGCUCUAUGCAGGGCUGGCGUAUGACCCAAGAGGACGCACAUAACUGUAUCUUAAACUACGACGAGGACACUUCGUUUUUCGCCGUCUACGACGGACAUGGGGGCCAGGAAGUGGCCCAGUAUUGCUCGGACAAGCUCCCGGACUUCAUCAAGAACACGCCCGAGUACAAGGAGGGAAACAUCGAGGAGGCGCUCGUUUCGGGCUUUUUGAGGUUUGACGCGCUCAUUGCCACGCCAGAAGUUGUGGAGGAAUUGAGGAAAAUCGCCGAUGAUAAGGACGAGAACGAGAGCGACGAAGAGGAAAAUGUUAACAAUUUGUACGAAGAGGCGGCCAUGCCCAUUGAGCAAGUUAUUGAAAAGUACACCUCUAACUUGUCUAAUCCGGCGGUGAAAAGUUUAAAAAGGGACAUUAAAUCGCCCUUUUUGACCGCCAAAACAGACAGUGACCCCACGGUAGGCACCUCCUCAGCGGGCUCCUGCUCGAGCUCCACGAGCCAAGGCGGCGACGGCGUCAGCAGCUCCAGCGAGGCGGGACUUAAGGAUAAGACAGAAGAGGAGAACAAGCCGGAGACCAACGGUCCUGGCGAAGUUUCCGACGAAAAACCCAACAGUUCAGAGGUUAAAGACGAAGUUGGGUCCACUAAAGACGAACUUGGGUCCACUAAAGACGAACUUCCAACCCAAAACGGUGAAAUUGCGCCUUCCGAUUCCGAGGCCCAGGCUAAGAGUGACGUCACGAGUUCAUCAACACCUGUUGAAAAUGGCACGCCGUCAAAAAAGGGUAAAGGAAAGGCAGUCAUUAAACCAGAACCUGUAAAAACACCAACAAACACACGACCAAAACGGACGGCACAACAGUUGUAUAAAAACUGGUUGAAUUGUGGAGAGGAAGAGAGUGACAGCAGCGACGAAGAAGACCAAACAUUUGAGGGUCCAAAUGAGGAGAGCUCGGAGGACGAAAAUGAGGGCGUUAACAUCGCAAUUGACGCGGAGGGCUCUGAGGAAGAGAGUUCGGAAGAAGAGGAGGAGGAAGAUGAGGACGAGGAAGACGAUGACAGUGAAGAUGCAGAUGUCAGAACCUUUAAAGAAGAGCCAGGGUCUGACAGUGGCUGCACGGCAGUUGUGGCGUUGUUAAAAGGCAACCAGUUGUACGUAGCCAACGCCGGGGAUUCCCGUUGCAUAGUGUGUCGGAAUGGCAAACCAAUAGAGAUGAGUAUAGACCACAAGCCGGAGGACAAGCCCGAGAGAAAAAGGAUACAGAAAGCAGGGGGCGAAGUGACAUGGGAGGGCCGUGUCAACGGCGGCCUAAACCUCUCACGGGCCAUUGGAGACCACGCAUACAAGCAAAACAAGAACCUAUCAGACCGUGAACAAAUGAUCACAGCUUUGCCCGACAUCAAGACUUUAACGAUUAAUCCAGAGGAAGACGAGUUCAUGUUUCUUGCGUGCGACGGAAUCUGGAAUGCGAUGUCAAACGAGAAGGUCGUAGCCUUCAUCAGGCCACGUCUUCAAGACAAUACGAAGAAAUUAUCCCAAAUCUGCGAAGAGAUGUUCGACCAUAUUCUGGCACCUGACACGGUGUGGGACAAUGCCGGGAGUGACAACAUGACCGCAAUUAUCGUAAAAUUCAAGUCACACAAAAGACCAAUUUCGCCUUCACAGACGGAAGAAAGCGCAGCGAAACGGACAAAGAGCGAAGCCGAAAGUGAGGCGCAAGUCGAUACAACGGUUUAGAUUUCUUUAUUUUUAAAAACGGUUUUUUAAUGAAAGGUGACGAGAUCAUUUUCAGUUUUAUGCUGUCAUUGUCUAUAUCUUUUGUUAUCAACACCAUGGUGUAGGUGCCUUCUGUUAAAAUGAGCACUGUGGUGGUAAUUUUUCAUAGAUUUGUAUAAUACUGCUGUAUUUUUUAUUAUGUAAGGUUAAUUUUUUAAUCCCGGAAGUCAUUUUUUAAUUGUCUGGGGAACUGUCGAUUGUAAACCUCUGUAGCCUAUUUACCGGUAAGUUUGUGUAUUUAUUUUUCAUUGCGAUUCAGUUCGUGUAAUAAAACAAUGCCGCAAACGUAAGUAUCAUUUAACCAAUUUUAUCCAUUACGUGGGCCAGUAAGCCAGAAACGAGGUUUUUAGAAAGACUGAAAUAAUUCCAUUCGCAGUUUUGUUUUGAUAUUUAUUUUUGUAACUGGUUUUCUCGCUCUAGGGACUAUGAAAAGUUGAAUAAAAGCAGUUGCAAAUAAACACUUUAUUUUUAUUAGAGUACAUAGUUUAUCAAAGAUCUGUGAGAAACAAUGCGACAACAAAAACUGUUACACGAUUAGUUUCUUCUUUUGUAAUUUAAUAAAGUACAAUAAAUAACCUAGUACAUA